AUGGCCUCCUCUGCAGUUCACAGCUGCAUCAUUGUCUCAAACACAAACAAUCUGGGUUUGGCCACAUUCGGCGGAGGGGACAUUAAUCAUAAGCCAUGGUCUCAUUCGAAGAGGCAGCUCCUAAAUAUGCCAAAGAGAAGUACUUGUUAUGGUAGCAGAAGGCAUCAAAUAGUUGUCGCUUCUCUAUCAGCAACUUCAGCGUCAACUGCUACCACUUGUACUUCUACUACUACUUCUUCCAUGGAGGCAACAACGUCGAUGGCGAUGACUUUUUCGUCGAAUUAUUGUUUGCCCCUCCUUUGGAGAGAGAUCCAAGGGUGUGACAACUGGGAGGAUCUCUUGGAUCCCUUGCACCCUCUUCUAAGGGAUGAGAUCAUCCGAUACGGGGAGUUCGUGAUGGCAUGCUACGAGGCCUUCGAUCUUAAUCCUGGCUCGAGGCGGUACCUGAACUGCAAGUUCGGGAAGAAGAGCCUGUUCCAGGAAGUAGGCCUCGGGGGCUCGGGCUACGAGGUCACCAAGUACAUCUACGCCACCCCCGACGUGAACAUCCUGAUCCAGAACGGGGACUCGUGCACGGGCCGGUGGAUCGGGUACGUCGCUGUGUCAACGGAUGAGGCGGUCAGAAGACUUGGGAGGAGGGAUGUGGUGAUCACCUUCCGGGGAACCGUCACAAAUCCUGAGUGGAUCGCUAACCUGAUGAGCUCCCUCACGCCUGCCCGGCUCGACCCCCAUAACCCCCGGCCGGAUGUGAAGGUUGAGUCGGGCUUCCUAAGCUUGUACACCGGGGACGAGAGUGCCUGCAAGUUCGGGGUCAGGAGCUGCCGGGAACAGCUCUUGUCCGAGGUGUCGCGUCUACUGAGCAAGUACAAAGGUGAGAGCAUGAGCAUAACCCUUGCAGGCCACAGCAUGGGGAGCUCAUUGGCUCUUCUCCUGGCUUACGACAUCUCGGAGCUUGGGUUGAAUCGAAGCAACCCCGUCAAUCCAACAAUCCUGGAUGAUCAUAGAGUACCCAUCACGGUUUUUUCCUUUGGGGGACCGAGAGUGGGAAACUCCACCUUCAAGGAGAGGUGUGAGGAAUUGGGAAUCAAGGUAUUGAGGAUCGUUAACAUCAAUGACCCCAUCACAAAGCUUCCCGGGGUCUUGUUCAAUGAGAACUUUAGGGUUUUGGGUGGGAGAUACGAGUUCCCAUGGAGUUGUUCAUGUUAUGCCCAUGUCGGCAUCGAACUUGCCUUAGAGUUCUUCAAUGUCCAAAACCCUUCUUGUGUUCAUGACCUAGAGACCUAUAUAAGCCUACUCAAAUCUCCGAAGACGACUGAGAUCCAAAGAGCUGAGAAUAUCAUGCCGACUGUUGAUUUACUGCAAAAAGUUCGAGACUUCCUUCUCAGUGCCCAAAACUUCAACAACAUGCUCCCAUGGAGGAACGCAGCAGUCAACAUGACGAACUUGAUCCAGUUACAAUCUCAGAGGACGUAAGUUCACCAGAAAUUAUUAAGGUGGAUUUCUUAACAUUAUUACGGCUCCAAGUGGAUUAAAAAGAAUACAGAUAUGAAAACUUGUGAUCUUAUAUGUAGAGAAACACGAGAUCUUCGACUUUUGUAAAUAUAUUUUUCCGGUCGGAGUUUUUUCAGUGUGGUGACGUACGUCAUCUUAUAAUAUGUAAAA